CCGAUCGAAUCGGGCCGCUAGUUCGUUCAGUUACGUUUCCGACCCACGAGCAGCUGGUGCGCUGUGCUGCGGGCCCCCAGUUGCCACUCGUUUUACUUGAACCGCUUCAUUAUUAUUGUAUGACAUAUCCCUUGUAAUACAAUGACGUUGAACUAUUGUAGCAAAGUAUUUUUAGACAAAUAAGUGAGGCUGUGAUCAGUGUUGUGUACAAAGAACAAGCGACUUGCGAUCGUUAAAUAUUUGUUACCGGAGUUGCUGGAGAAGUAACAGUUAGGUUUAAAAGACAACGAAAGUAAAGAAACACAUCCAAAAUGGCGGUGUUUGGUUUGGUAUCGUCGGUGGCGGGCUUCGUGAAGGUCCGCUACCUCAUCGACAAGGCUGUCAUCGACAACAUGGUGUUCAGGAUGCACUAUCGCAUCACAUCAGCAAUAUUGUUCCUUUGCUGUAUUCUUGUCACCGCUAAUAACCUUAUUGGCGAACCGAUCUCAUGUAUCAACGAUGGAGCUGUUCCUGGCCACGUCCUCAACACUUAUUGCUGGAUUACGUACACGUUCACUCUACCAAAUUCACCAGCCCGAGGCAUCGUACAUCCAGGCCUUGGAAAUGACUACGAAGAAGAAAAACGCAUCCACGCUUACUACCAAUGGGUGCCUUUCAUGCUGUUCUUCCAAGGUCUGCUUUUCUACGUGCCUCACUGGAUUUGGAAGAACUGGGAAGAGGGCAAAAUCCGCAUGAUCUCUGACGGUAUGCGAGGAACCGCUGCCAGCAUUGCUGACGACAAAAACAAUCGUUUGAAUCGGCUCGUCCAGUAUUUGGUGGAUACUAAACACAUGCACAACACUUAUUCCUUCGGUUACUUCUUCUGUGAGAUCCUGAACUUCAUCAACGUGGUCGGAAACAUUUUCUUCUUGGACACAUUCCUCGGUGGUGCUUUCUUGACGUACGGUACCGAUGUAGUGAAAUUCUCUAACAUGAACCAGGAACAACGAACUGACCCUAUGAUCGAAGUCUUCCCAAGACUGACUAAGUGUACAUUCCACAAAUUCGGAGCUUCUGGUACGAUCCAGAAACACGACGCUCUCUGUGUGCUAGCCUUGAACAUUCUCAAUGAGAAGAUUUUCAUCUUCCUGUGGUUCUGGUUCAUCAUCUUAUCAGUAGUAAGCGGAUUGGCUUUGAUGUACUCAGCAGCAGUGAUCCUAUUGCCAAGCACUCGCGAGACGAUCCUAAAGAGACGUUUCCGUUUCGGAACACCAGCUGGAGUCGAAUCACUCGUUAGAAAAACUCAGGUGGGUGACUUCCUACUCUUGCACCUGCUUGGACAGAAUAUGUCACUGCGCGUGUUCGGUGAAGUGCUAGACGAACUGUCACGAAGGCUGCACAUGAACUCCAACGCACCAUCAGCCCCCUCCACUCUCGAGAUGGCCCCCAUCUACCCGAACAUUGACAAGUACGCCAAGGAAACAGAGACGUAAGUUUUGAGACUGAGCAAGCAAUACACAAAACACUACCAGAAUCGUCCAGUU